AUGAGGCUCCAGCUGGAGAAGCAGCUCCUCUUCCUCUCCCUCCUCUGCAUCCUCUCCAAGGUGUGUGCCCAGCUGUGCCGGAGACCAUGCUACUGCCCCUGGGUGCCCCCCCGCUGCCCCCGCGGGUCCCCCCUGGUCCUGGAUGGCUGCGGCUGCUGCAAGAUCUGUGCCCGGCGCCUGGGAGAGCCCUGCGACUUCCUCCACGUCUGUGACCAGAGCCAGGGCCUCGUGUGUGACUACAGCACAGCAUCCAUGGGGAGAGGAGCCACCUGCAACUUCGAAGACACCGAGGAGGGCUGCGAGGUGAAUGGCCGGGUCUAUCGGGAUGGGGAGUUUUUCCAGCCCAGCUGCAAGCUCCAGUGCCGCUGCCUGGACGGGGGCUUCACCUGCAUCCCACUGUGCCAGGAGGACAUCCGGCUGCCCACCCCAGACUGCCCCUACCCGCGGCGCGUGGAGGUGCCAGGGAAGUGCUGCCCUGAGUGGAUCUGCGAAACCCGGGACCAGCACCAUCUCCUCCAGGAUGCUGGGGCAGGUAAGGACAUGCCAGUGAGAGGAUGCCCACACAGGUCUCUGGGGAUGGUCCCUUCACCUCAGACCCCCUGCCAGGAGUGGGGCACAGAGUGGAGCGCCUGCUCGGCCACCUGCGGCGUGGGCUUUUCUACCCGCGUCUCUAACCAGAACCGCUACUGCAGGCUGGAGACUCAGCGGCGGCUCUGCAUGGCCAGACCCUGCCCGGCUCUGCCGGCAGCAUCCCUGGUG